GUACCUGGUGUGUCAGAGAACCGUCCCUCUGUCCUGCGAGGAGAUGCGCUGCUGGUUUGUCCCACAGGAGAAACGGGGUUGAAGUACCGAGGCUUCGUUCACAGUGUGGAGCUGGACAGAGUCAAACUGGGCUUCAGCUCCGAUUUGCUGAAUCGGUUCUUUGACGGGAUGAAGUUCAGCGUGGAGUUCACGGUGAACCCUCUGCCUCUGCGUCUUCAGCACAGAGCAGUAGAACUGGCAGCUGAACACAGGCUGGAGCAGGUUCUGUUUCCUGCUGCACCGACCCCCCAGCUGCCCGAGCUGCCCGAGCUGCCCGACCUCAG